UUACUCGUUUAUCUAAAUUUGUAUUGCCUAAAGACUAAUCUCCGUGCAUGUACUGUACAAGAGAGGCAAAUAUAGCAUGAUUUGGGUAGAGAGAGAAAGAGAGAGAGAGAGAGAGAGCGCAGCACACGGUAGCGCGAGACAAAUCAUUACAAAAGGCGCAUGCACAAGAGACAGACCCAUUGCAUGUGUACACCUGUAUUACAACAUCUCGAUCUAUAAUAACUCGUGCGAGGGGAUAUAUAUCUUAGGAUCUCUGCGUAUGCAUCUCAAACAGAGGCUUUACUGUUCAAUCGUGAUGCCCUCUUCUUCCUCGGCAGGCAUAUGUAUUUGGUAUCGCCGUUUCUUCCAGUAAGCACCAAUGCAUGCAUGCACCCGCCUCCCUGCGCUCUCAAAUAGAUGGUGCAAGUAAAGAUGUCCAAAUCUUCCGCAGACCCUCUGUCUGGUGUACAAAGCGCUUCUCAGUCGCACUAUUUUCAGCUACCACGAAAGUUGCCGAAGCGCAAGGGUCGUUUUAAACGCUCAGAUGGCAGCACCUCCUCUGACACCACCUCCAGCUUCAUCAAACGACAGGGUUCAGCCGAUUCGUACACGAGCAGACCUUCGGAUUCCGACCUGUCAGCGGAGGAGGACCGCGAGGCGUAUCGGCGUGAAGCCGAACGCCAGGCCCAGCUACAGCUCGAGAGAGCCAAGUCCAAACCUGUAGCGUUCGCAGUGAAGACGAAUGUGAAUUAUUGCGGGGCUCUAGAUGAGGACUGUCCUGUUCAGGGUGCUGCCAUAAACUUUGAAGCCAAAGACUUUCUGCACAUUAAAGAGAAGUACAAUAAUGACUGGUGGAUUGGAAGGCUGGUGAAAGAGGGGGCAGACAUCAGCUUCAUUCCCAGCCCCCUCCGACUGGAGGCCAUGAGACUCAAACAGGAGCAAAAACAACAGAGGAAAGGUGGCAACUCCUCCUCAAGCCUGGGCGACAUGGUAUCAGGAGGUUGGAGAUCAACGCCGCCAUCUGCAGGUGAGACCAAACAGAAGCUAAAGCAGACUGAACACAUUCCUCCGUAUGAUGUGGUGCCGUCCAUGAGGCCUGUGGUUCUGGUUGGUCCUUCACUGAAGGGUUACGAGGUGACAGAUAUGAUGCAGAAAGCCCUGUUUGACUUUCUCAAACAUCGCUUUGAUGGACGGAUUUCUAUAACCCGGGUGACCGCUGACCUUUCUUUGGCCAAGAGAUCGGUUCUCAACAAGAGACCCAUAAUGGAGAGGUCUAACACACGAACCAGUUUGGCGGAAGUACAGAGUGAGAUCGAGAGAAUAUUUGAGUUGGCCAAAACCCUUCAGCUGGUGAUUCUAGAUGCGGACACCAUUAACCAUCCAGCACAGCUGGCUAAAACCUCAUUAGCUCCUAUCAUAGUGUAUGUUAAGGUCACCUCUCCAAAGGUUUUACAGCGAUUGAUAAAGUCGAGGGGUAAAUCACAAAGCAAACACCUUAAUGUUCAGAUGAUGGCAGCAGAUAAACUGGCUCAAUGUCCUCCUGAGAUGUUUGAUGUCAUUUUGGAUGAGAACCAGUUGGAGGACGCCUGUGAGCACCUCGCUGAAUAUCUGGAGGUCUACUGGCGUGCCACUCAUCUGCCUGGCACCGCCCCACUCAACCCGCUAUUGGAGCAAAAUCUGAUGACGCCACCCUCAGCAAUCUCCAGUCUACAGAACCAGCAGCUGUCGCCUGCCGGGGGUGGAGGGGGAGUGGAGGAGGAGGAGCAGGGGGAGCAGGACAGCCUCAUGCCCUCCGACGAGGCCAGUGACUCUCGCUCCCUCCGCCGAGGAGGCUCUAGCUCCCUGCACCCCCCGGAGGAUGAGGAAGAAGAGGAGGAGGAGGAAGAGGAGGAAGAUGAUUACGAACCCCACCGCCACUCUCACCCGUACCGGGACGUGUACCCACCCAACCGUAACCACCCCGGUGGCAUCCACAGCGCUAACGGACACGAGUCACAGGACCGACUCCUGCAGCAGCGAGACUCGCAGGAUGGACACAACCAACGGAACAACCGCCAGCGCACGAGAGCCUGGCCAAGAGACAACUACUGACCGCCUGCCUGCAGGAGUCUGGAGGAGAGGGUUGGGUUGUGAAUUGGGGUGAGGGGUGAUGGGAACUGGUGAGGAACUGGAAACGCACAGUGUGUGUGUGUAUGCGUGUUUGUGGAUAAAACUGCCCAUGGUUGACAAAAAAAUCCUGUUGUUUUCUAAGCUUAUGUGGUCAUUAUUGUUUGAGGCAUUGCACUACAUUUGCUUUUAAAAGACAGGGCAGCUUUUCUCCUUUAAGAUCACAUGCAUGUUCAUAUCGAAACAAUAUUUGAGCUUCCUCUGAAACCCACCCACGUCAAAUAUUACUUUGCGUAUCAUACGCUCUCCCUGAACCUAAUGAGCACAGAAGGCAUUAUGGGAAAAGGAAUAGCACUUUUAUAGCAUGGGAUGUGAGUCACAAAGAAAACAUUGUAGCAUUUUGUUGCAUCUUUAAUGGCAUCUUUUUUGCUAUUGCUCUUGUAAAUGUGAAUAGGACUCACUAUUUUUGGUUCAAGCCCUCAGUCAUGAUGUUGCCUGAUUGGAGCCCAUAUGCACUUGUCUUAUGAGUUGUUUAUUGGUACUCCUCUCCACAUCAUUCAGGCAACUGACAUGAACAGUCAUUUUCACGGUCACGUUUACAGAUGUAGCACACAUUGCCAUUUGCAAAGCACCGUGUAAAUGCGGUGUAUGUAGGAAAGGAAUCCAGGGUUACGCUCUGCUGUCGUAGAGUGAAAUAUUAUUGGAACUACAGUCUUGGUUUGCACAUGAGGUGAAUUCCAACUUCAGACUGAAGAGAAGCAGUCGAUCUUCCUGCAUUUCCGUACUGCCGCAUAAAGAAAGAACCUAAUUAGGUCAGUGUCACUGGUUUCUUUUUCUGGGAAAUGAGAAGGACUAAAAACUGAAGUUAUUUUAUCAUCCAACAGUAGAUCAGUGCCCAUACACUGGAUUUUUAUAGAAGCAGAUGAAGCUCACUAGUUUUGAAGUCUGUUUAGAGUAGUGGUCGAUCGAUAUGUGUUUUUCAGGGCCGAUUUUUACAGAUAACCGAUAUUUUGAACCGACAUAUACGUCUCAGAUAAAAAUGAAAUGUAAUAUCAACUUAAGAAUAAGAAAAACUUUCUUUAAAUGCUUUUAAAUUAUUUUAUCAACAAAUCAGUUUUGAAAAUGACCAAUAACCAUAAAAAUGCCUACUAUCUGUGCCGAUAAUCGGCCAGGCCGACGUUGACCACUAGUUUUGGAAUAGUCAUGUUGUUCCUCUGUGACCUAAAUGAGUAGAAAGUUGGUCUAGGUUCAUAUAUUUUUCACAUUUGAGAUCUCAUAACACUCAAAAUGGUGUCUGUAGGACAGGAAGUCCCGCCUUUCAGUUAAAAGAGCCAAUGGCCUUAAGGCAUCCUGGUCUGUUUUUGAACUUGCAUGCACGUUAGCUAGACUAAUCUGAUUUUUUAAAGCUACAGAAGCUAAAUUUAGAUUUUUGUAUCAUUGUUUCUGGGUGAUUUUAAAGGUUUUGAAAGGUUGGCAAAGUUUUGGUGAUUUCCCUGUUUAAGUAGAUAGGAGUUGUACUUGCAUGACUGGAAACUAGCAUUACCAAAAUGGCCACUAAAUAAACUGCCUCAAAAAGAAUUAGUCUUUACCAAGAAGAAUGUGGCUUUAACAAGUGAGUGAUCUUCCUCCGUCCUCCGUUUCUCGCCACUCUUUCCUCUCCGAGACUCUGGGUGUCUAAGGGGGCGGUUACCGUGGCCUGCUUAAAAACAUAGCGUCACAUCUUGCUUUGGUGACACGUCGACUGCUAGCUAGUUUAAUGACCUUAUUGGUGAUUACAUUAGCAUAAAUCAACCAGGUUGUGUUACAACCAAAUCCAAGUUCUCCCUUUUCUCAUGACUCUAGACUCGGAUGUUACCUGUAGCAGCUUAGGCUAAGGUUUAUCCAGUGUAGGACCAUUCAAACUGGCCUUAAUACUUACCUGUAUAUCUUUACCACUGCAUGUCUCAAAUACAAUUAUUUAGGACUAUUUGCACAUUAGGGUUGGAACAGGACCUUUAGAAAACUUUAAGUAUAUUAGAGUAGAAAAAUCUACUCCGUUUUUCUGUUUUUAAUUUCAAAUCUGCAACGGAAUAUUAGUAACGCAUCUAAGAAUAGCUAGUGUACAUAUAUAUCGAAUGAAAUUCCACCAGAUCCUGAAUAUAAUUCUUUAGAACGUUACUUUACUUUGUAUUUACGGAUCUGUAUCGUUUUUAAGAAAUGUUGCGAUGUUUACAAAGUCAGGAUUGCUCUCACUCAGAGAUCGUUGACGUGAGACGCAUUGAAAUAUAUGUAACGUCAGUUGUCGUACGGUUAUGUAAAGUCACAUAAAGUUGCAGUACACUCUCACGUAGCGCUGUAGUGAUUUGGUUCUUUUGCAAAAAAAACCAACACUUAACAUCUAAACUAUUAUACAUGAUUGUGAUGGCCUCUAGAUUUCAGUGCAUAUCCAAAAAUCGCCAUCCAGAAAGAGAAAUCCUUAUUUUUCUUAAAAACCACUCUUUCUGAUGUAAUGCAAUGUUUAUACAUAGGAUGUGUAUUUAAAUAUGAUUUCAUGUAGACUACACAGUUCCUUCCAAACAUGCACAGAGACUUGAGUGAAUGUAUAGUUGCAUGCCUUAACACCUCUAGUCCUAAGCACUAAUGUAUUGUCCUCCAGAGGGACGGUGCUAAAUUGACUGUCCCUUAAUUGAUUGUGUUGCAUUGAUUGUACUGGAUCCGUACACUCCCAGAAUGCACUUUCAGAAACAUCCUCCCUCAUUUUAGAUAGUAAAAACUUGUCUUAUCGACCAAAAUUGAUGCCUGAUAUGAAGAUUGAGCCAUCAGUGUGUCCAGCGUAGUAUUAGGACAACAUCACUACCAUAGUAUGUUAGCAUCUUAAUGCUGGAGAGGUUUAUGUACAGUUGAGGUCAACAGUUUACAUACACCUUGCAGAAUCUACAAAAUGUUUAUUAUUUUACCAAAAUAAAAGGGAUCAUACAAAAUGCAUGAUAUUUCUUGUUUAGUACUGACCUGAAUGAGAUGUUUCACGUAAGACGUUUACAUGUAGUCCACAAGAGAAAAUACCAUAU